AUGGAAGCAUCUAUGGGCGUAUGGGUGGUAGAUUAUGUCCAACAUAAGUGCAACCCAAAUAGUCCAACAAGGUGGAAAAGGAUUGGUGAUAUGAAAAAUGCAAAUAGUGUGAAGGUGGCCGAAAUCCUCAAAAGCAGGAUUGUACACAUGGCAGGUGGAAAUGACACCCUCAUAUGGAAUGCGGCUAAAUCAGGUUCCUAUAAGGUUAGUUUAGGAUACAAGUUACAAAGACAGAGGCAGGAAGAUAGAAAUUGGCCUUCUGCCUUAUGUUGGGAUAAAUGGGUGUUACCCAAAGCUGGGGCAUUUAUUUGGAUCGCCUUGCAUGGAAGAAUCCUAACAAGCGACAGAUUGAAAUUAGUAGGUAUAGCAGGGCCCAACAGCUAUUGCCUUUGGAAAAAUGAGGAAGAAACAACAUAUCACAUUUUGUUCAAUUGUUCUUAUUCAAGGAAUUAUUGGGAUUGGCUGAAGAUGUAG